UCGUCCGAUUAUCUGCAACAUGAGUCUCGGUAUAAGGUGCUGAAACACGCAAUGGACACGGAGGAGAACAUGUACGAUGAAGUGGAACAGGAAGACUCUUCGGGUGCCGAUUUUUCCGCCAGCGAGGAUGAGUGGACUCCGGAGAAAACGAAAGAGCCCGCCAAAAAGCCGGCUGAAACGAAAAAGGCAAAGGGGAAACCGUCCGCGACCGCCAAGAAACCAGUGAUUCCCACGGGCCCUAUUCGGGUGUCGCGCAGAAUAGCGGCAAAGAAAGGUGUCGAGCUGCCUGAUGACAUGAAUGAACAUGUUGCCGCACCGGCGAAAGAGAUUGCGAACGAAAGUUCCGAUGAAGAAACGGACGAGGAAGAGCGGAAAGAAGCAAAACGGAAAGCAAAGCGCAAGAGCAACGCGAAACGGGCUCCUGCUAAACGGCAGAUCCAGAAAUGUUCCGUCGAAGAUGAACCAAUCAAGCUGACGACGUUUACGGUGGAGCAACUGUAUCGGAAGUAUCGGCCGGAUCUAUCACAUCCGUCAGUGGCGCCGGCGCAACCAAGUACCUCGAAAGCAGCAUCAAUGGUUGCCACACAACCGAAAGCGAAAGAUGGUGACGAUGAAUCGCAGAGUAGCGGCGAUGACUACCUGGUUGAUCCAAGUGAGCUCGAUUUGAGUUCGGAGUUCUUUCGUCCAACGAAACAGGAGCGGAAACAGCGCCAAGCGGUGGAUCUGUUCUUUGACUGUAACGCGGGUGUGGAGCUAACCGACUCGGAGGAUGAGGAAUCCAAUGGUGUACCGUCCGUCUCGAAACGCAAGGUGAGCACGACGGAACCGAUGCCGGUGAAAGACACCGACGUAGAGCUGGGCAUGAAGUUGCUGCAACAAGUCAAUCAAUCAACGGAGGCUUUGGCACAGAUCAAACGGCUCAAGGAAACGCCAACCGGCGGCAGCGCUUCCACGUCCACCAAAAAACCUGCACCAGCUGAUAGUACACAAGGGAAGAUGGAUCCACAGACGGAAGAUAGCCAUCGUGAGGAUAUUGCCAGUAUUCUGCACGUGGGAGAGAAGCUGGCCAAACACUGCGGUAAAUCGUUGAUCAGUGGAAUCGGUGGUCGGAGUGAUUUCGUAGCAGUUCCAUCGCUCGAACGAUCUGCAAAACCGAAAGAUAUUGAAAUAACACUGAAGCCAACGGUGACAACCGACGCUAAGGGAAAGAAGCGAACGUUUGACGUCCUGUCUGCCCUGAAGCGGUUCAUGAACCGCGAAAAACGCAACAGCCAAAUCCAUCUGCACAAAUUGUCGCUCCUCUGUUGGAUCGGCCACGGAACGUACGUGAACAACGAGCUCCGGAAGCCGUCGCUGAUACGUUUCGCACAGAAAAAGCUACUACCCGGUGCGUUAAGCCAUGCCACCCGACCGAAUGGUCUCACCAAUCUGCGGUACUUCCAGGAACUAACGCGCUACUAUCGCCGCACGGUGAUGCUCAAAGACGAUACGAUGUUCUACCGACAGCGACGUCAUCCGACGUUGGCCAAAUUCCUUAUCUUUGCUAUCGCUAAAAGGGCCGCCUACUGUAAGCGAGAUUACAUUCUACUCUUCGUGUUAAUGCUGCGCUCACUCGGGGUGUACUGUCGGCUCGUCAUCUCACCUCCCGUCCCAUCGAAGACAGUUCCAGCGAGUCAGUUGUACAAAAUGAACCCACGAACGGGACGAGAUCUGGCCAUGGAGCGUCAGCUGUUGUACGACUUCCGUGAAGCACCCGCCGACAGUAUGGUGCACGUGGCCAAGGAAAAGCUUCGAGCACAAAUUGCAAAGCAAUCCGAUCGGAAGGGUGGUCCUAGCGAUGCGGGUGCGAGGAAACGGAAGCUGGCCGCUGGCUUUUCGAUUCCACAACUGGAUGGUGGAGCAGAUGAUAUCACACGAGGGGCCGAAGGUGGUGGCUCGGAGGAAAAGAAACUGCGCCUCAUGUCUGGGUCCUUUCUGAAGGCGGAAAGCAAUCGAUCAAAGACAGUCGCACCUCCGCUUGCGGUUCUCACUUUGGAUUCAAUGGAAGAGGUACGCCGUAGAAGGGAACGAAUUGUGGAGGCAUAUCGAGCUCGAGCUGCCAAGCUACUGGCGAGCAAGAAGAAGAAGCAAGCGCACAAUCGGAACGCAGAGGAUGCGCGGAAGAAGAUAAAGGCUAAUGAAAAGGGCAAACCCGGAAAGGAUUACUGGGUUGAAGUGUUCUGUGAGCACGAGGACAAGUGGAUCACGAUCGAUGUGCUGAAUGGUAGCGUGUACAAUCUGGAGGACAUUGUUAAACAAGCAACACAACCGAUUGCAUACGUGCUGGCCUGGAACAAUGACGGCUCUGUGAAGGAUGUCUCACCCCGGUACAUCUCACGGUUCGGUAGCAUCAAGGGUAAACUGAGGAUCGAAGAUGAAUGGUUGGAGCGGGCACUUAAACCCUACCGAGGACAGCGCACGAAGCGUGAUAUCAUCGAGGACAUCAAGUUCGAUCGUUUGCUCAACAAACGGCCUUUUCCGGAGCAGAUCGCCGAAUAUCGGAAUCAUCCAAAGUACGCAAUCGAACGGUUUCUGCGACGUAACGAAGCAAUCUAUCCACCGGAUGCACCCAUCGUUAGCUAUAUCCGGGGGGAACCGAUCUAUCUACGAAGCUGUAUCUACACGCUACAAUCGCGCGACGGUUGGCUCCGGCAAGCGAAAACGGUCCGCAUGCACGAACAACCGUACAAGGUGGUGAGUGCGAGGGCCAAGUACGACCGAGUGCUCGGUAGGAGCGUCACCGGCCAAACGGUGGAGCUGUUUGGUGAGUGGCAGGUGGAGGACUACGUACCACCGGUAGCCAAGGAUGGGUUGGUACCGCGCACGGCAUACGGUAACGUGGAUCUCUUCAAGCCCUGCAUGCUGCCGAAGGGAACGGUGCAUUUGCAGCUGCCGGGACUGAAUCGGAUCUGUCGCCGUUUGCGAAUCGACUGUGCGCAGGCCAUCACGGGGUUCGAGUAUCGGAGCGGCGGCUGCCAGGCCGUGUACGAUGGAUUUGUUGUGUGCGAGGAGUUUCGGGAGCGGUUGUUGGACGAGUGGUACCAGGAGCAGGUGGAGCUGGAACGGAAGGAGCAGGAACGGCGCCGCGAACGAAUCUACGCCAACUGGAGGCGCCUUAUCGUGGGGCUGCGCAUAAGGAAGAAGCUAAAGGAUCGUUACAAUUUCGAUAAUAUGUGAAGGAGUCGUUAUGUUGGCGUGCAGUUUAUCGUUACAAUCCUUUUUUUUUGCUUUUAUUUAUUUAAAGAGCUAAUGAAGCUCUAUCUGCGAAGCUCUGCGAUUAGGUUGAAAUAUUUCACGAAGCUAUGUUGCGUGGAAGAUAUCAGGAUAUUGGAGCUCCAACUCCAAAAAAGGAUUCGUUUUGGAACGGCCCGUUGAAGUAUUAAAAGCAACUGAACUCAUUUAAUAAUAAAGAUUCUCUUUGUUGAAUGUAUGAAA